AGUUGUGGUAUAAGGCUAGCGCUCUCAAGCGAGGGAGGAUGCAGAACCCAGAUCCCACUAGAACUGUGAACAACACCAGUCCAGGGAACCUUCGGGAUGGCGCUGCUUGAAGUGGAUUGCUCCGGAAGUCCGUAUGAGAUUGGCGUUCAGCAUGGUCAAGCGGCCUCUCUUCAUAUCGGGCGUGCGAUAAAGUUCUAUGCCGGCCUCUUCCAAGCUUCAGCUAAACUAGAUUGGGUUGGUGUAUGUGAAAAAGCCGUGGAGUUCGCUCCAAGUAUACAAAGGAAAUUUCCCGCUUUCGGCGAGGAGAUGAGAGGAAUUGCCGAUGGUGCAGGUGUGACCUACGCCGAUAUCUUGGCCUUGAAUGUACGGACCGAGAUCACGUUCGGUCUCUUCAGUGACGGCUGCACCGCCGUGUCGUGGAAGACGGACAAGAAGAGCUUCCUGGCUCAAAAUUGGGAUUGGAUGGAGCAACAGAAGGAGAACCUCAUAGUCGUUAACAUCCAUCAAGAAGGCAAACCUCGUAUUAGUAUGAUGACCGAGGCUGGAUUGAUUGGAAAGAUCGGGCUCAACUCUGCCGGUGUCGGGGUAUGCCUGAACGCCAUUCGCGUCAAAGGCAUGGAUCCGACUCACCUUCCAGUCCAUCUUGGUCUGCGUGUCGUCCUCGAAAGCACUUCCAAAGAAGAAGCCAUCUCUCAACUCGAGAAAUACGGGAUAGCUUCAUCGGCACAUAUGUUAAUCGCAGACCCAAACGGUGCGGUCGGGCUAGAGUGUACCGCUAUAGGUUUCGCCAAACUCCCCAUGGACAGUGACGGCAAGAUUGUGCAUACCAACCACUUGCUUGCCAAACAUCCUGGGGUAGAAGAUACGAUGUUUUGGAAAGACAGCUUCAACAGGAUCGAUAGGAUCCAGGGCCUUAUGAAGACGCUUCCCAACAACCCGGAAGACAGCGAUAUCUAUGAACUCUUCAAGGACGAAAAUAAUUUCCCCGCAUCAAUCUGUCGAGCACAAGCUGGUGACAGCCGUGCAGCUACCCUGUUCAAUAUCGCCAUGGACUUGACAAGUAAGAUGGCUACGGUGACGAUGGGGCGCCCGAUCGCACCGGAGGAAACUAUUAUAUUGGCACCGUGA